CUGCGCCCACCCUCAAAGAAACACCAAACAACGAAGGAUCAUGCGCUGUGUGGGACUUCUUGCCUUUGCCGCUACGUCGGUGGUCGCGGCCUUGGACACGACAUCUACCUAUGUCCCCUUGGCCUUGUGGUCAAACACAGGGUCAUUGGAACAUCCUGUGAGCGACAUCGCUGGUAAGAACGUGAAUGCCGACUAUUCGGCGAUCCAAGUGUCGAAGACGCUGUCGUUCCUUCAAGAUAACGACGCUGGUCUCGAAGACGCUUUGGAUGCGCACACCCCGUACGAAGUGUUUUAUCCACGCGCGAAGGCAGUGGUGCUGUUCGUCCGCGACACCCUUCGUUUGGAUGAAAUGGAGCAUUUCGAAGGCACAGCGUUGGAAGCCAUCUAUCGCAACGCAACGUCCGCCGUGUCCUACCCCCACACGACCCGUGCGUCGGCGGCCGACACAUUGACCGCGGCGCUCGCCCCUCAACAUUCGAUCACUCUGGAAAACGUCAAGGAAUUCCUCCAUCAAAAUACCCCCUUUGGCAAGGCCGGCACGACCGCCUUGGUGAUCGUCACUGUGAGCAACUCGCUUCCUUGGAAGGACGUGGCACAGCUGAUCCGCACGUCGGUGACGUUGUUCGACCAUGCUACGUCGAACCGCGUGAUCUACGGCAUCACAGGCGACCACACCACGACCCCGCCGUCCCACUUCGCUGGGUUCCACCGCGCGCUCAUGAGUGCCGCGUCCGUGGUGGCGCCGUUGGUGUGUCCUCCUGGCUCGUUCCUUAGCACGGCGCAAGACCUGCCGUUCUGCUUUACGCAUUACGUGAACAUCACGCCUACGAUCCUGGCAGCGCUCGUGCUUGGGUUCUUCUUCCUGUCUUGCGUGUACGUGGGGCUGUAUGCGUUGGACGGCAUCCAAACCCCGUUGAAGUACCCGUCGAUUGCUCCUCCCAAAGGAAAGGAGUACUAAAUUGGUCGAGUAGUUAGUUGCUUUGUAUUUGGACAUUGCUACAACGACGACGGGUGUCGAAUAUAUCUCAAAUUGCAUCGACUUGUGUUCUGGGGUACUCGACGCGAAUGACCAACGAGCAGCCGUCGCAGGGCACGAUGUCCACCAGGUCCUCGACUUCAUCCUCCGUCAGC